AUGUCGAAGUACUCGACUGAAUGGUUUGGUCUCAAGCUCGUGUCUGAACGAGAAGAUGCAGAUAUCGCCAUUGCAGACGAGUCUGCCUAUCUUAACGAGGCAGUUUCUGAUACAGAAUACGGCAUCUUACUAAUCCUUUGCAGUAGCGGUGCUCGCAGAGAUAUCUUCCCCUCAAGACUGCAUACCGGUCAGAUUGUGGAAUUCAUCAGCAAGCCAUGCGGACCACAUCGUCUAGCCAAGGCCCUACUAAACUGCCUAGAUACCGAAGACGGCACGCCUCAUACUCCAAAUGAUGAAAGGUCAUCAAUCGGGUUCUCGCCAACAGUGCUGAAUCUCAUACGGACACCUAGUCUAAGUAAGACCAUCACGCUUGCCUUGUCAACCGAACCGGUUAGUCCGACGCCGACACCUUUGCAUGAGCGACGAGCUGCCAGUGCGAAUGCUGCUACGGCCCUUAUCGAGAGUGGAAACAUAUCGGAGACCAUGAGUCUAGCUAGCAAGCCGAGCAUGAAUAAGGAUACACCGCAGACUCCUCCGACUGCGAAAUUACCCAAAUUUGGCAAGAGUAAUUUGGAGGAUUUGAAACCCAGAUCUCCGGACGCUGUACCAGCAGCGCGUAGAAAGCCUACCAUGCUACUUGUCGAGGAUAACCCCGUCAACAUGAUGCUUCUAGCCACAUAUAUGAAGAAGAACAAAUGGGAGUUUGAAAAGGCGUCGAAUGGUCUCUUAGCUCUUGAAGCUUUCCGAGAGAGACCUGGGGGGUUUGAUGUCAUCUUCAUGGACGUCUCAAUGCCAGUAAUGACAGGCUACGAAUCAACCCGCCACAUCCGCAUGAUCGAAACCGAACGCCGCCUCGCCUACGAACACCAAAACCUCAUCCAAACCAGUCCUCCCUUCCUCUCACCCUCCUCCACUACCGCCAUCAAUAUGCAGCAACCCUCAUCCUUUCCCUUCAACCUCCCCACUCCAGGCCCUACACCCUCAACCAGCAACUCCUCCCACCUACCAUUAAGAUCCGACUCCAUCUCACCCACCAACACCUCAUCCCUUCCUUCAAACCCAACGACUUUCCCAUUCCCCGCUUCUUCCUCCUCCACCCCUCCUAAUCCUAAUUCUAAUCACAACAACACCUUCCCCUCCUCCCGCUCCUCCCCCCCCUCCACUUUCUCCCCACCACCCCUCUCGGACCUCAACGCGCGCCUCGUGCUCCCCCGCCUGAAACUCAACUCCCCGGCUCUCAUCAUUGCGCUCACGGGGUUCUCAAGCCAGAAGGAUCAGGAGAUGGCGUUUGAGGCUGGGGUGGAUAUCUUUAUGACGAAGCCGGUGAGGUUUAAGGAGGUGGGGAGGAUUUUGGAGGGGUGGAUGAGGGGGAGGGAGGGGGAUGAGAUUCGGGGGGAGGAGGAGGAGGGUGCGAGUGGGGUUGGUGUUGGUGUUGGUCAAUGA